CCCCAUCCUCAGAGACGCCCCAGGUUCCAAGCCUCCUGCAACCUCUCAUGGCCCAGCCGAGUGUCUCCAGCAUGGUGCUGAAGGCUUUCUUUCCCACGUGCUGUGCCUCAGCAGACAGCGGCCUACUGGUUGGACGCUGGGUCCCCGAGCAGAACAGUGCUGUGGUCCUGGCCGUGGUGCACUUUCCCUUCAUCCCCAUCCAGGUCAAGGAGCUCUUGGCCCAGGUUCAGCAGGCCAGCGGAGUAGGCGUGGCUGUGCUGGGCACCUGGUGCCACCGUCGGCAGGAGCCCGAGGAGAGCCUGGGCCAUUUCUUGGAGGGCUUGGGUGCCAUCUUUUCCCACGAGCCCUGGCUCCAGCUGUGCCGGGAGCGGGGCAGCAAGUUCUGGAGCUGCAAGGCCACCCACCGGCAGGUGCCUACCUCCCCUAGUGCCCCCGGCGAAGACCAAGUCAUGCUCAUCUUCUAUGACCAGCGCAAGGUGCUGCUGUCCCAGCUGCACCCGCCCACAGCCCUGCCUGACCACCAGGCUGGGGAUGCCACGGCCAGCACUAGGGGCCUGGCUGCUGUCUUCGACACAGUGGCACGAAGCGAGGCACUCUUCCGAAGUGACCGGUUUGAUGAGGGCCUCGUGCGGCUGAGCCACUGGCAGUCAGAGGGAGUGGAGGCCAGCAUUCUCGUGGAGCUGGCCAAGCAGGCCUCGGGGCCCGUCUGCCUGCUGAUGGCCUACCUGCUGUCACUCAUCUCAGCUGCCAGCACCUGUCGGGUAUUCAAGCUGUGGCCACUGUCCUUCAUCUGCAGCAAGCUCUCCACGUGUGAGCAGCUCAGGCAUCGGCUGGAGCAGCUCACGUUCAUCUUCAGCACCCAGAAGGCCGAGAAUGCCUCCCAGCUGAUGAGGAAGGCCAACACGCUUGUCUCCGUGCUCCUUGACGUGGCCCUAGGCCUCACGCUGUUGUCCUGGCUCCAUGGGAAAGACCGCAUUGGGCAGCUGGCUGAUGCCCUUGUUCCCGUGGCUGAUUGGGUGGCCGAGGAGCUGCAGCACCUGCUGCAGUGGCUGAUGGGCGCACCUGCCGGGCUCAAGAUGAACCGGGCACUGGACCAGGUGCUGGGCCGCUUCUUCCUGUACCACAUCCACCUAUGGAUCAGCUACAUCCACCUCAUGUCCCCAUUCAUCGAGCGAAUCCUGUGGCACAUGGGCCUCUCAGCCUGCCUGGGCCUGACAGUUGCCCUGUCCAUCCUGUCGGACAUCAUCGCCCUCCUCACCUUCCACAUCUACUGCUUCUAUGUCUAUGGUGCCAGGCUGUACUGCCUGAAGAUCUGUGGCCUUUCCUCACUCUGGCGCCUGUUCCGAGGGAAGAAGUGGAAUGUUCUGCGCCAGCGGGUGGACUCCUGCUCCUAUGACCUGGACCAGCUGUUCAUUGGGACUUUGCUGUUCACCAUCCUGGUCUUCCUGCUCCCCACCACGGCCCUGUACUACCUGGUGUUCACCCUGCUCCGGCUCCUGGUGGUCACUGUGCAGGGUCUGAUUCAUCUGCUCGUGGACCUUAUCAACUCCCUGCCACUGUAUGCGCUCGGCCUGCGGCUCUGCCGGCCCUACAGACUCUCAGCUGGCGUGAAGUUUCAAGUCCUGGAGCAUGAGGCUGGCAGGCCCCUCCGCCUCCUGAUGCAGAUCAACCCCCUGCCCUACAAUCGUGUGGUACACACCUACCGCCUCCCCAGCUGUGGCUGCCACCCCAAACACUCCUGGGGUUCCUUGUGCCGCAAGCUGUUCUUCGGGGAGCUCAUCUACCCCUGGAGGCAGAGAGGGGACAAGCAGGACUGAGGUACCCGGCCACCAGCCUGCCCAGCACCGUUGCGCGACAUGGUCAGCCCUCAACCCUGCCAGGGUGGUGUUGACUGUCAGGUAGCAUGUGGGCCUGCACUCUACCUUCCCUGCCCCCUGUUCAUCUGGGACCACUGCAGGCCCCACCGGCCUUGCCUGUCAUAUCCUUCCAACUAUGAGGUUGAAUUUGAGGUCAUAGGGGUGGCCAGCCUGGUCAGCUGGCCUGUGCUCCAAAAUGAGCUCUGUUUGCCUCAGGACGCACUUCCAAUCUGCUGUGAUGGCACUGUUAGCCCAAUGCCCCUAGCCCCCCACGUCUACCCAGGAGCCCCACCCCCCUGACUCUCCUCAGACCCAGACCCUGUCCAGGAGGGAUUUGCAGAAUCCCACCUCUGCCCACCGUAUCCUUUCUCAGUGGGGUGAGCUGACAAGUCUGGCUGCUCCCUGGUGGUCCAACUCUGGCAUGGGUGGAGGGACUCCCCCAGGUUGCACUCAACACUUCCUGAGACUUUGACCCCCCCCCAAGCAUCUCCUUCCUUGGGGGUUUUUCUGCAGAUGCACUCCUGGGUCCCUGACACCUCCCAGCUGCCUCAGUGGAGCAGUGGCCAGUAUGGGGGAUCCAAGCAACCACCCCUGGCCCAAAACAACAGCCCCAAUGAGGCAGGACCCUCCAGGAAGUUGGAUGGCAGUACUCCUCAUGCCCUAAAUUGCACAGUGUUAAUUGUGAUGCUCCCUGGCAAGAUUGCUUUGCAGGAGGAGCCAACCACAUGCCUUUGAGAAUCCCUGUGUGAAGCCAGGCCAUAUGGGGUGCUCGGAGCUGCCUUGCUAGAAACUGAGUGCCCACCCAGUUGGCUGCCCUGUUCCUGCCACAUGCCUGCCCUGUGUCCCUGCAGGAACAGCCCCUUUGGCCAAAUCUUCCAUCUCCCCUCACUGGCUUCUUGCAGAAGCAGGCAGCUCCUGGGCAGAUGCUUCUGUAGCCCCUGGGGUGGGGUCCUGGUACUGCAUCUGCCUGCCGGCUGGCUACAGAAUCUGUGUGGGUGUGAGCCACAGAAUCCCCAGGGUGAGGAAACCUGAAGAUAUGGCAUCACACGCGUGCCAUAGUCAGGGGCUAGGGGUUGAGGCAGUACUUCCUGUCCAUUGUGGGCACUCAGAACUGUCCACUUCUGCCACCCACACUCCUUGGGUACCGAUCAUAGUGGGGGCCCCUAUGGAAGUCCUCACCAGCCCAGCAUCUGCUGGGAUAGAUCCUGGCUCAGUCUUUCUCUGAUGUGACAUUAAAGAUUCAUGUGUUUGAGUGUGA